AUGGCGGCAUUUCAUGGAACAUUCCAUCAUUGGAUGCUUUUUACACGUUGCACUACAGCUUUCGAUACAUUUUUAUCCGAUCGCUACUACCAAGCGUGCCUUGAAACUUUUAUCCCAGCAUUAAAUCAUCAUGGGGUCACAAUGGACGAUGAUCUGCUGGCUACGACCGUGAUUCUCUAA